GAGCGCGUACUCAGUGUGUGGAAAAAAACUGCUUUGCUUGCUGUUUUUGGGGGAGUAAACAAAAAAUGUAAGAAUAUAACAAUGCAAUGUGGAUGUGGGACUUGUGUUUGCUGAUAAGAACAAACAGCGGUAGCGGGGAGUGAGUGAGCGAGCGAGCGAGAGUAUUGUAUUUCUGUCAUCAUCGCCACAUCUGCUGUCGCGUCACAAUGAGCUUGACAAAAAAACGACUAAGAAUGGUUGCCGUUGCUUCUCUGACAGUUUUGGUGCUGAUUUAUUUAUACAAAGUUGUGUUGACCUCCACUGAGAUCUCGCCGAGCCGGAGCAGCAGCAGCCACUUGCUGAGUAAUGGUGUCGUCGAGGAACAACAUCAAUGGCCACCCACCGAAGAUGUGGAGCAACGAAAUUUGCGAAUUGCUUACGAGGCACAAAAUGCGCAAUUGCGUCAACAGCGCCAAGAACUGCUUCACACUAAAGAACAAUUGGCCCACUUGGAGGAACAAGUGCGCGCACUCCAGGCAGCAACACCACGCAAAUAUCCGAAAGUGAAAUAUCUCAAUUAUAAGAAUCGCAAACGCAUCCUGAUCACUGGUGGCGCCGGCUUUGUGGGCUCCCAUCUGGUGGACGAUUUAAUGAUACAGGGUCAUGAGAUUAUUGUCGUGGACAACUUCUUUACGGGGCGCAAGCGCAACGUGGAACAUUGGCUGGGUCACGAGAACUUUGAACUCAUCCAUCAUGAUAUUGUCAAUCCACUUUUCAUUGAGAUCGAUGAGAUUUAUCAUUUGGCUUCCCCGGCAUCACCACCACAUUAUAUGUACAAUCCCGUAAAGACGAUAAAAACGAACACGAUGGGAACCAUCAACGUGCUCGGUCUGGCAAAGCGGGUAAUGGCCAAAGUGUUAAUCGCGAGCACAUCAGAGGUUUAUGGUGAUCCCACAGUGCAUCCACAGCCCGAGACUUACUGGGGCCAUGUGAACCCAAUUGGACCACGUGCCUGCUAUGAUGAGGGCAAACGUGUCUCGGAAACGCUCAGUUAUGCGUACGCCAAGCAGGAAAAAGUGCAAGUCCGAGUGGCGCGCAUCUUCAACACCUACGGACCCAGGAUGCACAUGAACGAUGGUCGCGUGGUGUCCAACUUUAUACUUCAGGCGCUGCGCAAUGAGACAAUUACGGUUUAUGGGAAUGGCAAGCAGACUCGUUCGUUUCAAUAUGUUUCCGAUCUGGUCGAUGGACUGAUUGCACUGAUGGCUUCCAAUUAUACGCAGCCCGUGAAUCUGGGCAAUCCCGUGGAGCAAACAAUUGGUGAGUUUGCCAACAUCAUCAAGCAUUUGGUCGGUGGCCAGAGCGAGGUGAAACAAAUCAAGGCCAUGGAGGAUGAUCCGCAGCGUCGAAAGCCGGACAUAACGCGGGCCAAGAAACGGCUCAACUGGGAGCCAAAGGUGCCCCUGGAAACGGGUCUGCUGCAGACCAUCUCCUAUUUUCGCAAUGAGCUGGCGCGCAGCGAUCGCUUCCAGGAGAAUUCGCGCAAGUACUUUGAGUCACCGGAUCUGCAGCGAAGUCGGCCGUAACCAAAAACCAACCAGCAGUAGCAGCAGCAUAUCGGAACUUGUGUGUGCCUGUAAAAGCCAAUUAAUUGUGUGUAAUUGGAAACGUCUCUAGUCUGCAAAAUGUAAAUAUGACCAUCGAUAGAGCUAAACGAUUCUCCAUAAGCGUAGGUAUUAAGUGUUCCAAGGGUAGUCACGAUUAAUUCAUCAUCAGUUGCAGUUUGCGCCUCAUAUACGUAAUAUAAUUAGUGAAUUCGCUCUUGUUUCGUUUUCUUUUCAUUCGACAACGUGCAAUCGCAGAAUACCCUAUAAAAACUAGCUAUAGCAAAGCUACAGUCGAGUGUAACCGACUUUAAAUUACCCGCUACCCAUUUUAAGGCAUUAUUAGACAAUUGAAUGCGAUUAGAACAUAAUGAUUUUUGACUUAUAAAAUGAUUUCUAGAUCCGAUCUUAAAGAAACUCAAUAACCAAUUAGAACUAUUAUCAACAUUGUAAUCUAUAUCUUUAACAUGUUGUAAACCAAAUUAUAAAAAGAGAAAAACCUAAGCUGAAAUAUUUUCAACAUAUUUACAACAUGAAGCUUCUCGCUCUGAUAAUCUUCGAGUUCGAGAUGUUGUUUUUAUACUAUUCUAUUUGGGUAUCGGGUAGAAGAACUACUACAAUAAUAAUUAAGUUCAAUUAUAUAUAAAACGUGUUAAUUGUCUGCCUUUUUGUAGUUGUAGCCGUAGUUGGUAGAGUUCAUUAAAUGGCUUUAAGUUUUUGUCAAUACAA